AUGGCGGCCCAACGGGAGGGGAGCGCAAAUACAUGCCUCGGCAAUCCCGAUGGUCCGGUGCCGCGAGGAGCAGCGCGGGCGGACGGGCUCGGCGCAGAUGAACCAUUGGCAGCCGCGGAGGUCAGUAAGAAGCCAAGUAAGACUCCAAGGGAACCCGAGGCGGAUGGCUGGCGGUUCAACCGGCUGGGAAUGGGAGUCGAAGAGGACAAAGGAGGAGAUGAGGCGGGUGAUGCGAGGGGGAGAGAGCAGGAGGCGGUGAGGGUGGUGGUGGCUAUGGAGCUCACAGCGGAUUACCUCGCCACGCUCCUCGCUUGCCUCUGCCCAAUGCCUUCCUCCCUUUCUCCCCCUUCCGCUCCCCCUUCCGCUCCCCCUUCCGCUCCCCCUUCCGCUCCCCCUUCCAGUCCCCCUUCCUCUCCCCCUUCCUCUCCCACUUCCUCUCCCCCUUCCGCUCCCCCUUCCGCUCCCCCUUCCAGUCCCCCUUCCUCUCCCCCUUCCGCUCCCCCUUCCACUCCCCUUUCCUCUCUCCCGUCGGCUCCCCCCUCCGCUCCCCCUCCCACGUCACCUGCCCCUCGCCGUCCCAUCGCCGUGUGCCCCAUAGACGUUGUCUCGCUGCCUCCCCGCCGCUGCGCUGACCUGGCAUGGCGCUCGCAGCCGUGCCUCAUCGUGUGCCAGGCUGGCAGCGGGUGGCCGCCGGUGCGCGCAGGGGGGAAAGGCAGGCGCAGUGCGAGUGGCGGUGGUGGUGCUGUUGCUGGUGUUGUUGCUGUUGCUGUUGGUGGUGGUGGUGGUGGUGAGGGGGAGAGAAAGGAUGGCGGCAGCAGCAGGGGUGAGGGUGUAGGCAGAGAGGGGAGGAUGUGCAGGAGGACAAGUGGUGGUGGUGGCAACAAGGUUUGUGGUGCUCGUGGAAGUGAGGUGUCAGUGUCAGCAUCAGUGGGUGGACAAGGUGUGGUGGGGAACACGCGGGAGGGGAGGUGCGGAGAGAUGGAGCAGGAUGAGGAGGAGGAGGAGGGGGAGGAGGAGGAGGAGGAGGAGGAGGAGGAGGAGGAGGAGGAGGAGGAGGAGGAGGAGGAGGGUAGUGAGGAGUGGGAGGAGGAUGAGGAAGCGAAUUGGGAUGUUGAUACCAUUCUUGGCAGAGUGGCUGUUUUCUAUACUCGCCUCAAUGCUCCUCCGCCUCCUCCUCCCCUGCCUCCUUCCCCUUCCCCCCCACCCCCUCCACCAUCGUCGUCGCCGUGGUUACCCCGGGCAGCAGCAGCAGAUGGUUCUCUGCUGGUUCGCACACUGUGUUUCCCUCGGGGGAUCGUGCAGCGUGCAUCACAGCACAUUCGCACACACGCAUCCAUGGCAGCACAAAUGCACACAGCCCAGCUCGCUCCUUUUACCACCACUGCUGCUGCUGCUGCUGCUGCUGCUGCUACUCUUCCUCCUUCUCCCCUACCUCCUCCUCCCCUUCCUCCUCCUCCUGCUGCUGCUACCGGCUGCGUUGCUGCACAUGCUUCAGCUGCCAGUGGCAGCAGUAGUGCAGGCAGCGGCGGUGCGGAGGGGGGCAGGUCUUCUGAAUCGCCUGCUCUGGAUGCAAGCCCAUUACCCACUUCGAUCCGGCCCCUCUCUCUCCCGCCUUCACUCUCCCCCGCUCCACUCACCUACUUCCUCUGCCCCACCUCUCCCACACCACUCUCCCGUCCCUCUCGUCCCUCCCAUCCCUCCUGUCCCUUCCGCCACUCAUCGCUCCCACCCCUGCCAUCCUACUCACCCAUCUCACCCCUCUCACCGUGCGCGUCGCUGUGGUGUGCGUGCCGGCCUGGCGUGCUCGGACGUGGCGCUGCUGUGCUCGCCCGUGUCGUUCAUCGACCAUCUCACCGCCUCGCUCGCUUCUCUCCUCUUCGCCUCGCCGCUGCUGCUGCCACCGCCCCGCCUGCUGCUGCGCUCCCCCGCCUUGCUCUCGCGCAUCCUGCAGGUCAGUCAGCACGCACACCACACCGCAGCCCUGCGCAGAAUCGUGAGGAACCGUCCCGGGAAGAGGUGGGAAGAGUGCUGGACCCACACACGCUGCUGCCUCUCCCCCCCGUGUGCAUGGGCGAGCUAUAUGUGGCUGGCGUGGGGCUCGCUGUUGGCUACCUGGACGACCUCGUGCUCAGAGGGGGGAGGGGAAGGGUGGAACCAGCCCAUUACUCUGCUCCUGCUGCUGUUGCUGUUGCUGCUGCUGCUGCUGCUGCUGCCGCUGCUCCUGCUAAUGCUGCUCCUGCUGCUGCUCCUGCUGCGUUGCCUUCCCCUCAGGCUGCGUUCGUCCCUGUGCCACCCCAUCUCACCGCCUCGGUGCGCGCUGCACUGCUCAGUCGCACCGGAGGCACUGCUGUGGGCUCCGCACAGGGCGAGGGCGCAGGGGGAAGGGUGAGUGGCGGAGGAGAUGGGAGAGGCACGUGCGAGUGGGAGGGGAGGAGGGGGAGGAGGGAGGAGGCGGGUGGAUGCGCCAAUGGGGGAGGACCUGUGAUGAUGUACCGCACUGGAGACGCUGCUGCGUUCCUGCCGUGCCCCUCUUUUGAGAAUUCUCAAAAGUCGCACCAAUGUGGGGGAGGUCCUGUGAUGAUGAUGUACCGCACUGGAGAUGCUGCUGCGUUCCUGCCAUGCCCCUCCUCACACCCCGUGCGUCACCACGGCCAAGUGGACAAGGGGCGAGAGGGGCAAGAGGGGCGUGAUGGGCAAGAGGGCAGUGAGGAGAACGAGGGGCAUGAGGGGCAUGAGCAGAGGGGGGCGGGUGGAGGGUUUGUGGUGUACGGGCGGCAGCAGGGGCAGCGGGUGGUGAAGGUGGGGGGCCGCAGGGUGCAUCUGGGGGAGGUGGAGGCUGCCCUGCAGCUGCACCCUGCUGUCGCCCGCGCUGCUGUCAAACUCUGCCCGCCACUUCACCCUCCUCCUCGUUCUCCCCCCCCUCCUCCCCCUUCUCCCGGACUUCCAUUGCCCCCCACUGGGUCGUCCUCCCUAAGGGUGCCUCAGCUGGUGGCGUUUGUGCAAUGGAAGCAGCGGGGGCAGAGAAAGGAGAGCAAGGGGGGGAAGGAGAGGAAGGAAAGGAAAGAAAAGGCAAGGAGCAGAAAGCAGAAGCGCAGUGAGCAUGGUCCAGUUGCGUCCCUGCAUGCACAGCCGCCGCACACAGUGGCAAUGUCACAGCAGGAGGCGGUUCUUGAGAGCCCACGGAGCAUGUUUACGACACAGCAAGAGGCGAAGACUGAGGCAGAGUUAGCUGCAGAUCCAGAGACCGAUAUAGCGACCACUGCAGUGACAGAGGCAGCAUAUGAGGAGGAAAGGGAGGAAGCGGAAAGGGAAGAGGGGCCGAUAGCAGCAGUGGAGUCGCAGCUGCUUGCAUGGGCACGGGGGCAGCUGCCAGCCGCUCUCAUCCCUUCUCGCAUUGUCUCCCUGCCCGUCCUGCCGCUCUCUGCCACCGGUAAGGUUGACCUCUCCGCCCUGGCCCUGCCAUGCCCCACAGUAACUGAAGGGAGGAGUAUGGGACAGGGAAUGGGUGAGCACAGGUCGAGAGAAGGGGAGCCGGUGGCGGCACGGGGGGGAGCUGAGCAGCAGCGUACGUGGGACGGGGGUGCGGUGGCAGGGAGUAAAAGGGCAGCAGCAGCAGCAGCAGCAGCAGCAGCAGCAGCAGCAGGUGGUGGUGGUGAAGGUGGAGGAGGAGGAGGAAUGUCAGGUGAUGGCAGUGUUACUCUUACGCGCAUACAGGAGGCAGUGGCCUGCUCGUUGCAGAUACCACCUUCCCUGGUUGCACCUGACUCUGAUUUCUUCGCCCUGGGUGCGUCGUCUCUCUCCCUUGCCCUGGUGGCUCUUCGCCUGGGCGUCACCCUGCCGUUGCUGCUCGCCUGCCCCUCGCCUGUGCGCCUCAUGAAUGCGCUGAGGGGGGAAGAAGGUGGCAGGGGGGUGCUGGAGAGGCGUGGAGGGAGGGAGGCGUUUGUGGAAGGGAGGAUGGAAGAAGGGAGAGAAGAGGAAGGGAGAGAAGUGGAAGAGAGAAUCGAGGAAGGAAGAGAAGUGGAAGGGCAAAGAGAGGAAGGGAGAGAAGUGGAAGGGCAAAGAGAGGAAGGGAGAGAAGUGGAAGGAAGAAUAUUGGAAGAAAGAGAUGUAGAAGAACGAGGCGAACGGAGGGGGCAGAGGAGAGAGGGAAGGGCAAAUGGGGGAGGCGUUGGAAAGGCAGAGGAAGGCAAAUCGAGUGCAGGAGGGCGAGCGGGGAAGCGCAAGUGGAAGGAGAUGGAAGGCGUGAUGGGUGUCAGGGCUGCCGUGGCUGCAGUGGUGGGUAGGGACAGCACGAUGCUGAGAGGUACAGGCGCAGUCGUUGAGCAGCGCACCGGCGGUGAGCAAAGAAGAGCAGCAGCAGCAGCAGCAGCAGCAGCAGCAGCAGCAGCAGCAGCGCUGGUGAGUGUGACACGAGCAGGAGGAGUAAGCGUGUGGGACAGUGGAGGCGUGCUGGUGUGGGGGAGUGGGGAGGGAAUCACUGGUCUAGAUAGAGACUCGUCAGCAGCAGCAGAUGCGACAGCAACACCAGGCACAUCAGCAGCUGUAGAAGCAGCAGCAGCAGCAGCAGCAGCAGCAGCAGCGGCGGCAGAGGGACCAACUGUCACUGCUGGCUCUGCUGCCCCCGCUCCUGGUGCUAGCAGUGCAAGCAAUGCGGGCAGUGGUGGCAGUCGUGGCAGCAGCAGGAGGCGCAUGGAAGUGCAGUGGAGCGUGGGCACAGGAGCAUGUGUGGAUGCAUCGCCUCUCCUCGUGUGCGUCAACGGCACAUGGCUCUGUGUUAUUGCAUCACACUCUGCCACUGUCCUCUGCUGUGACCUCAGUGGCAAGGAGGUGUGGCGCACAGCAGUGGGCGACAGGGUGGAAGCGAGCCCCGUAGCCAUGCUGCUGCCUCCCAUCACAGCAGCAGCCACUGCCUGUGGAGGGGCAAGCGCAAGGGAAGGCACGGGAAAGGAAUCGGGAGGAGAACAGCAAGGGGAAGGAGGGGGAGGAGUUAGAGGCGUUGACGACACCAGCAGCAGCGGAUUGUCUCUGGUGGUGGUUGGUUGCUAUGAUGGUGCCAUCUACUUCCUCCGCUUGUUGGAUGGGUCACUCUAUUGGAAGUACCAAACACAUGACCAGGUCAAAUGCACACCCCUGGUUGACCCAUGGCGCCCUCACCUCCUCUGGUGCGGAUCCCAUGAUCGGCACAUUUAUGUGCUUCAUGCUGCCCUGCGUUGCUGCCUCUGGCGCCUUUCCCUCUCCCCCCCUGCUGCCUUCUUCGCCUCUCCUGUUGCCCACCUGGUAGAGCACGUGGUGGUUGCCACGGUGGGUGGCAUUGUGGCAGGAGUCAAUGUGUCCUGUGGUCGCAUAGACUGGCAGGUGGCAGUGGGAGCGCCAGUGUUUGCACCCAUUGCACACAUGGCCAGUGCAAGGAGUGCAUGGGCCGUGCAGCAUGUGCUGGUGGCUGUGCAGAAUGGGGCCGUCCUUUGCAUGUAUGCGGCUACGCUACCCCCGCCACUGCCAUGGGAACAGAUCGCAUCCGCGGUUCGGCCCGUCAUCCGCUCCGUCGCAGCCGUUUCCUCCGAAGCCGUCGCGAUGCUUCCGGAGCUCUCAGAGGCGCUCCGCCAGUCCUCCUCCACUUCCUCCCGCCAAGCGGUCGCCGCCGUUCGCGCCGCAACCGACGCCGCGGCUUCCGCGACGAGUCGAAUACGUCGCUCGGCUGUUGCCGCUGGUUCCAAAUCCCUCGAGUCAAUUACCGCUGCGGCCUCAAGCCUAGUGAAACCACCGGCUGCGCCUCCCGUUCCGCUCCUCCCGCCUCUAACCACCAAGAGCCAGGAGUCCAUGACCGCUGCCGAUGCCAUCUCGUAUCUGCAAUCACCUUUUCAACCGCCACGUCCCGUCUCGUCCGCUGAGUCCGAGAAAGCACGAACAUCCGGAGCAGCAGGAGCAGGUAAAGUAGCAGGAAGAGCAGGAGCAGCAGAAGCAGCAGAAGCAGGAGUCGGUGGUGGCAGCAGAGUAGCCGUGGCAGCGUCGGGGACCAAAGCAGCCAGGAGAGCAGCGAAGAAAGAUCGAGCAGGCGCUUCUGUGGAAACAGCGGGAAUGUCGCGCGCGACGGCGACAGCCGCGACGGAAGGGACGACGGCAACAGUGACUGCAAUAGCAGGAGGAGCAGCAUCAGAAGGAGCAGCAGCGGGAGGAGUGGAAUCAGCAGGAGCCGCUGUGACAAAGGAACGGGCACAACCGGGAACGGCUCGACCGGUCGCUGCAGCAGCCGACACUCCCACUGUUGCCACCGCUGCCACCGCCGCUGCUGCCGCUCUCCCCACCUCUCCUUCCGCCGCCUCCCCGCCCCUGCCGUCACGGCCACUAUCGCACCAUCUGGAGGGUCGCGGGGUGGGCACUAGCACAAAAGCUGCCACAGAAGCAGCAGCUUCUGGUGGUGCAGCAGCAGGAAGCGAUUCAGCCCCUGCCUCCCAUCUGCACCCUCACGACCCACACCACAACACCCUCCGCCACAUUCAUCACGAGCAGCACCAUCACGAGGCGGCAGCGGCGGCGCAUCCUCUGCUAACCCAGCAGCAGGUGCAGGAGUGGGUGCAGGAGGUGAGCGGAAUCCUGGGCGCCAUCCGUCGACUGGGGCUCCCUGCAACGAGCUGGCGCAACAAGAUGCCGUACCGCGUGCCACGCGCAGAGCUGCUGGCGCGCGGGCUCAAGUGGCCGGAGCAGCACGAGUUUGCCAACGAGCACGAGAAGCGCGCGUUCCUGCGCAGCCAGCGGCGGCUGCAGCCGUUCCUGCUGGGGGACAUCCCGCAGUGGUCGUGGUUUGCCGCGGAUGUGGCGCUGCUCUUCUUCCUCACGUACGAGCCGCGCUGGCCCUGGGCUCUGGACUGA